AUGGAAACCAUUAAACAGCAACCAAGCCAAAUGGUUAGAAGAUCAAUGGACGCUACAUUGCGGGUAUCUAACAGAGUCCGAAAACCUACAAGCCACUUUACCCCCACAAAUACUCCUGUCAAAGAAAGCCACGAAAAUGCGAUUGUCAACUGCUCCUGCAGCAGGCCACACAAGCGAACGAUUUUCUCUAAUUUUACCAGUCAAACUAGUAUGAAAUUCGAUAAGUUUUUUGACAAAGUGAUAAAAAGCUUAAAAUUGAGCCUCAAUGGCGAAUUUAUAAUUGUUUACUUUUCAAAAGAAGAGCGAAGUAGGCUAUUUAUGAUGAAUUUUUGUAAAAAAAAAAGGAUUUAAAUAAAAUUAAAAAUAUAUAGAAAAUAGGAUAAUUUUUAAUCAGAAUGGAAGAAAAUCAGGGAACUAGAAAAUCUCGACCCAUCAAUGACCUACAAAUUGAGAAUCUAUAAAAAGCCGCAACCUAAGAAAGAAGUUGUCAAAGUUGAAGCCUCACCACCGGCUGCACCUAUUAUUGAAGAAAAAGAGAAACCACAGCCAGUGAACAAACAGCAGCUUCCUAUGAACCCAAUGAUGCUUCAGUACGGGUUUUAUUGUUAUUGGUAUUAUAUGAUGUAUAUGAGAGGAAUUCAGUUCGGAAGUUUUAUGCCUUUUAGUUAA